AUGUCAGCAUUUGCAGGGCUUUGCGAGACUCCGACAAGGGCGGCUUCGCGGGACGAGGCGGCCGCUUCUGUCUCCCCGACAUUGAAGGAUCAGACGCCCGACAGUGACAAAGUUCGCAAGCUCUUUCGAGAAGACCGUGAAGACAUCGCGCCCCGAGAGAUUCUCGAGGACUUGGUCGUUCGCAGAGAUCAGUCUGUGAUGGACGGGCUCGUGCCUCUGAUUGACAAGUGCACGUCCCGCGGCCUCACGCUCGAGUCCCUCUUUGGCUUGGACGAAGAAGCCGUUGCUUGCUUGUACACCUCCGAGUUGUACAAGUCUGGGGCUGGCUAUCGCAAUCUAACCGGCCACCUGGAAGAGAUUUUCGCGAAGAUUCUGCAGAACGCGGGCAGUGAUGACUUGGGGCAUCUCACAGAAACUGAGUGUCAACAAAUCUGGGACUUCGGUGUCAGCGGCGCCCCGUAUCUCAAUGUUGUCUCCAACCAGCGCCUCACGCAGGUGGCCAGAUCGUACGGGUGCACGCCGUUGGCUGCCUUUUUGCUGGACUCCGUGUUCACCGGAGGACUGCAUCCUCCUGGUUUCAAGAUCCUGCCCAUGGCGCAGGCCUCCCGGGAGGACAAGCCACCAGAAGCGCUGCCGCCCUGGGUAGCGCAAGUAAUCGACUCCUUGGGUGACGUCGAUGACAAGGCCGAGCGUCAGGUGGACGUCAUGGAUGCAGUUUGCAUCGUGUCCUUGGGCGGAGCCGCCAAGACCUACCUGCUAGACUUCUUCUACAAGCUUGCAGCAGGCUUGGAGGCUCCGCAAGGCCUUUACGUGGGCACGGAGUCACCUUUUCGGCGGGUCACGGGGAACUUUUCCGCUUUGGCUAUCAUGGCCAAGGAACACGACAAGAUUGUGUACUGCCCCGACGAGUGGGGCUUGGCCGUGAUGCCUACCCGCGGCGCAAUGCCUCGCGGAACCUCGGCGGGACAGAUGGUCACCAUGCAGGAGCUCAUCAACUUCCUCACGCCAGCUGGCGGUGGCAUGAAAGGUGUGGCCACGGAUAGGACGUUUGACUACCACAACGGGCUGGCCACGACGCUUCAACGGGACAGACUCCAGUGCUAUUUCUUUGAGGAUCAUUCAGCGGCUACGUUCCGGGUGAAGAAGGCCUUGGUCCCCGAGACUUUGCUGUUCGCCAACACGCCAGAUGUUGGUAAGGAAUUUGCCGCCAAAAUGCAGCAAAGGAAGUACGAGUUCCUCCUGGAUGAGCUGUGGCAGCGUGACGAAGAUUGCAAUGAGGGAGAGCCACGGCUUCGGGCGGAAUUGAGCGCGGGGGCAUAUGAGCUCGUGCAGCUGGCCUGGCGCCAGGUUAAGGAAUCUCUGCGCCAGCACGCGCAGAGGGGCGACAAGCUGUUGCCUUUUCUGUUGAAGUUCCGCGAUAUCGUCGAGCGCCUGGCCUACCAUCUCAUGCUGGAGCGUCUACACGCAUGCACAGAGGCUGUGGUCGUUCUCGGGAUGGCAGCCAAGAGAGGAGAAGACUCGGACGUGCCAGAGUGGUCACUCGUGGUGGACAAAGUCGACGUCCGCGGUGCGAUCAAUGUUUACCUUUGCCUGCUCGUCAGCGAGCGCUUUGUCAUCAACGUGGGCGAAGCGGAUGUCAAAAAGGUCACGGUGUGUUCUAAGUGCAAGAAAGCCAUGGGACAGGGCCAGGAUGAUGUGGACGGUGCUGGCUUACCCAAAAAGGAUGUGCAAGGCAUGGUGGCUUUAAUGCAGGCGUCCUUUGGUUGCCCAGAUGACGUCCUCGCCACCUGGUCCAUGGUUUCCUCCAGAAUGGGCCCGGCUCAUACCAAGCAGACAAUUCUCUCGCUACUGGACAAGUUCCGAGAGAACAAUGUGCUGCUUCGAGUGGAGCGUAUGCAAGCUCAACAGCCGUCGGAGUUGCCACCGACGCAGGACACGCAGGACACCGCUUCACCCCAAAGGUCCGUGGUGAAACGGCGUCGUCGCACCCACGAAAGCGUGGCGCCGCCGAAGGCCGCAAAGCUGGUCCUGCUCGAGUCCACGGAUCUUACGACCCCUGUGUCGCUGGUUCGUCGCAGCGGGCAGGAGAGCUUCCCAUCCUUCAAGCUCAAGCCUCUGACGCAAUGGCCUUCCAGCGACUUGCUCGAGGCAUUGAAGCAGGCGCAUGCGCAAAAGGAGGCGCAUCGCGCAUUGUCCGCGAACCGGCGCUGA